AUGGUCGGCGGAGGCCCCCAGUCCGACAAUGUCAUCCACCGGAUGGCCAUGGAUGAUCCCAUUCCAUGGUGGAAGAAGCCACAUCUGCGGAACAUGUAUUUACUGCUUUUCCCCUGUGUCAUCGGUAUCGAGAUGACGUCGGGGUUCGAUUCGCAAAUCAUCAACUCCGCACAGCUAUUGCCUGCGUGGAAAGAAUACUUUGGCCACCCAACCGGUGGCUACAGCGGCAUCCUCGCUUCCGCUCUUCCUCUCGGUUCCGUCCUCGGUCUGCCCUUCAUCCCGCUGAUUAACGACAACUUUGGCCGUCGAUGGUGCAUCAUGUUUGGUUCCUGCAUUAUGAUCAUUGGGACAAUUAUCCAAGGUUUUUCGAAGAACGCCCCCAUGUACAUCAUUGCCCGCGCCAUCAUUGGUUUCGGCCUCCCCUACGCCAUUGUCGCCGGCUCGUGCUUGAUUGGUGAACUAGCCUACCCAAAGGAACGUCCCAUUUUAACAUCCCUCUUCAACGCCUGCUACUUCAUCGGCGCCAUCGUGGCCGCUGGCUGCACGUUUGGUACACAACGGAUCAAGAACGAUUGGUCAUGGCGAAUUCCUUCUCUUCUUCAAAUGGCUCCUUCCCUCCUCCAAGUCGUCUUUGUCUUCUUCCUUCCGGAGUCUCCGAGAUACCUAAUGAGUAAAGAUCGGCUUGAGGAAGCAAAGAAUGUACUCAUCCACUACCAUGCCGAAGGAAACGCGGACAGUGAGUUUGUCAAGGCGGAAAUUGCCGAGAUCAAAGUCACUCUCGAGAUCGAGUUGGAGCAUUCGAAGCAGUCGUGGGCGGAUAUGAUCCGGACCGCCGGGAUGCGCCGCCGCGUGCUCAUCGGUUCUUUGCUCGGCCUUUUCACUCAACUCUCGGGCAAUGUUGUCAUUUCGUACUUUCUCGGUGACGUUCUCAAGUUGAUCGGCUACACGGAUCCCAGCUUUCAGACCAAGUAUAACUUGGGUAAUCAAUGCUGGAGUUUGGUCUGCGGUGUCAGCGCCGCGAUGGUGGUCAUGAGGUUCCGGCGCAGAACCAUGUACCUGACGGGCAUCUUUUCGAUCUUGGCAGUCUAUGUUGGCUGGACGGUGUGCACGGCGGUGUUUAUUGCACACAAGAAUCCCGUGGCGGCCAAGUUUAGCUUGUUCUGGAUUUACGCUUAUAGUCCGGCUUACAACUUGUGUUUCAACGCUCUUACCUACACCUACCUCGUCGAAAUCUUUCCCUACGCCCAACGCGCCCGCGGCAUCGCCAUCUUCCAGUUCUGGGGCAAGGCGGCGCAGUUCUUUGGCACCAACGUCAAUCCCAUUGGCACCCAGGCCAUUGGCUGGAAGUACCUGCUGGUGUACUGCUGCUGGAUCUUUGCCGAGGCGGCGCUCAUCUGGUUCUUGUGGCCGGAGACGUCGAAUCGCAGUUUGGAGGAGUUGGCUUUCUUGUUUGAGAAUAAGGAAGACUUGGCUCGGUUGCAGCAGAAGAGGGAGGAGACUGAACAGGGAGUUGGAGAGUUGGAUCACGAGAAGCAUUCUGUUGUUCAUGAAAGGCAGGUUUGA